AAAAAAAAAAAAAGUGACGUCUUUACACAAACAUAAAGGGGUUAUGUGUGCUGUCCUUUGAGAAGUUUGUUGAUGAAAGGAGAAAGGAAGUAGUAGCACCAGAGGAAAAGGUCAGGGGUUUACCCUGUUCUUACAGGAAAACAGCGCCUUGCUCUUUUCAGCUAGCUUUUCAAAGGAUAGGGAUAGGACAGCUCCCUGCCCUCUUUCGGAUAUUUGGAUCUAUAACCUCCAGAAAUUCAGGCUGAAGUAGUUGGAGGUCGGAGAGGAAUGAGACAACUGCCUGGGUGGGGUGGGCCAGCCAGACACUGCCAGGAUAGCCACAAGGAGACAUAACUUAGAGGAAAGAGCAGACAGCAACCACGUUGGACUCAGGCAGUCCUGGGUUUGAAUCCUGUCUGUAUCACCACCUAGCCUGAUGACCUUGGGCACAUCCUGAGCACCCUGUGCCUUAUCUGUAAAAUGGAAACAAUUAUGCUGACCUUUUAGGUUGGUUUUGAGGAUUAGAGACUAGCUCCUGACACACAGUAGGUAAUCGUAAAUGGGUGCUAUUAUUUGGCCCAAUCCACAUUAUAGGACAGAACGUCUAAUGAACGGGUCAGAACCUGCGCCCUCCGGAUCUUGGAGAGUACAGAGGGCGCCCCUCGGCCUCCUCCCUUUCGGAGGUGGGGACAAGGUGGAGGAAGGGCUGCAGGAGGAGGAGCUCUAGCAUCGCGACCCGCCCCGUCCCGUCCAGUCUGGCCUGGGCGCUGCGGGAACGCUGUCCUAGCCGCCGCCACCCGAACAACCUGUCCUGGUGCCCCGGCUCCCUGCCCCGCGCCCAGUCAUGGCCCUGCGCCCCUCACUCCUCCCUCUCCAUCUGCUGCUGCUGCUGCUGCUGCUCAGUGCGGCGGUGUGCCAGGCUGAGGCUGGGUUCGAAACUGAAAGUCCCGUCCGGACCCUCCAAGUGGAGACCCUGGUGGAGCCCCUCGAACCAUGUGCCGAGCCAGCUGCUUUUGGAGACACGCUCCACAUACACUACACGGGAAGCUUGGUAGAUGGACGUAUUAUUGACACCUCCCUGACCAGAGACCCUCUGGUUAUAGAACUUGGCCAAAAGCAGGUGAUUCCAGGUCUGGAGCAGAGUCUUCUAGACAUGUGUGUGGGAGAGAAGCGAAGGGCAAUCAUUCCUUCUCACUUGGCCUAUGGAAAACGAGGAUUUCCACCAUCUGUCCCAGGUAAUCUGACUAGGCCUACAAAUAACCUGAUGAGGCCACCUGGUGUGACCUCUAGCAGCCAGUAACUUGUUAGGGAAGAGAACUGCCUGUGCCACCACCUUUCCCAGAACACUGGGCUUCUUUCCUGCCCUUUUCUACAACUCUACGCUGUGUCAGCUGUACAGCCGCCCCCCCCCCCACCCCGCUUCCUUUCAGCCUCCAUCAGGGAAGAGAUAGUAAAAAUAAUCACAGUCAAGUAAUUCAAAACAAAACAAAAAGCAACUGUUAAAGCCAAGUCUACCCCAUAACUUUAAAGGCCAUCAUAGGUCACUGCCGAUGUCUAUUUUUGAAGGGUUGAGAUGGACAGAUUUCCCAAAAUGCGUAUCUUUUGCUUUCAGUUCUAACAAAUGUUCUAUUAGCUAAA